AUAGGUUUUACUGUCAAAAUAUCAAAAAAUAAAAAAAUCGAUUUUUUGAAGUGCUCACAUGAGAAUAACCCCUUAAACUAGUUGCGCUACCAUCAGUCCAUCAUUUUUCUGUACUCGCACCGUAAAUCAACAAGGUUGUAACGAUGAAGCUCGAUUACGCAUGGACAGUAGUUUUUUUCAUCCUACAAUUCAAGUUUUCCCAUGCAGAACUUUUGCUAACUCAAAUUCUUGUCCAUCACGCAGAGUGUACUCCAAGUCGACUUAGUCUUGGGGGAAAUAAGACACGGAAAUUAGGGGCAUCCCUGCGUGAGGAGUAUAAAAAUUUAAUGGAUGCUGAGAAAAUUUAUUUCCGUCCGGAGAAAACAAGUAUAUCAAUUCAAUCAGCGAUGCAAUUAGCACAGGGGCUGCUCCCAGAUUACAGUCCUACCGAUCAAGAGAUCGCCAACAUGACGUUCAAAAGCAAUUCUUGGUUUGAUGUAGUUCAAUUGGAAGUGGAUCCAUUAUUCGUUGGCUGGCUUAAAUGUCAACAUAUUUUGCCCGAAGUUGACCUUCAUGGACCCGAAUUGGUUGGCGACUGGGGCAACGACACAGAAUCCUUUCAGCAAUACUUUGGGCAAUGGACUGGUAGUAAUUUCGUCGAGAACGUCCGAAGCGGACUUGUGUAUCGUCGAAUUCGUGCUAUGGCAGAGGUUGACUUGCGCGUGGCUGACUGCUUUGAUCGUGCAGACCCUGACGAAGAAUUGAAAUCAUUCACUAUAGACGAAUAUCGAAUCCAGUCUGCAACGGAUGAUUUAAUUCAAUACAAUGGAGGCACCCACCUUGCCAUUUUCUUACGCCAUGUGGAUAAUUACUUGAAUGGAUUGGAAAUGAGAAGAUUAUUCAUUCUAGUAGGUAACGAUAUCAAUAUUGUUGGACUUCUCCAAGCUCUAGGUCUUUAUGACCACGAGCAUAUUCCUGAUUACCGGAGUUAUGUUGCGUUGGAGUUGCACCACAUUAAUGGAGAAUAUGUUGUUAAGGUGAUGUACCACAAUGGCAUAUUUCCACCGGAACCACCUCAACUAAUGUGGAUGCCAUUCUGUAACAAUGAUUGUCCGCUAGAAAAAUUCAAAACCUCGUUCAAAAACCGGAUACUACGUGUGAAUUUGCAAGAACUCCACUGCACUCCGUAGUAUCUCAAUACCACAGAGAAAAACUGAUGUCAGUUUUUCCAAAUACUUUACAGCGGAUCUGCCAGGUUUAAUGCGCUUGUAUGGUAAUUCCGGAACCGUAAACAAGAUAAUGACAUAAAUCAAUUCUACGGUGAAAUUGUGAAAAGAUAUUAGGCAACUCAAAUCUGUACAUCGAAGGAUGGUAGAGACAUUGUGAUAAAAAAUAUGGUGAUGUAAAUUUGAAUAAAUUGUUUAUAUUUGGA